UUCGCCUAUCAGACUUCCGCGCAACAUUAAACAACAUGAGCACAAUAGUUGACGUCUCAAGCAAGCUAGGAGAGUACAUGCUCAAAGGAUGGGUACUGACAGAUGAUAUCUGUGCAAAGUGUCACAAAGUACCCCUUAUGCGCUCUUCGACAGCUCCUGCUACCCAUUUCUGUGCCAAUUGUGACUCGGCAGCUCCUGCAUCUGGCCUCCCCCCCGCUCCCUCGGGGACACUGAAAGAACGACGGCAUGAGCACUCUCCCAGCAGUGCAUCGAGCAGCCACCCCUCACGUUCGUCCACGCCGCCUACAGAGCUUUCUAGCACGCCAGGAUCCCCGAUCCUUGUCCCACCAAUGAACGCCGAGGAACUCUUACGCCGCCGACAACAGUCAGAUGCGGCUUCUGCAGAGAUUGGGAAGCGCAUGCUAAAGGGAUGGGCGAUGCUCGCGGACGAAUGUCCCAACUCCAACUGUUAUGGCAUUCCACUUGUUCGUCCUCCGAAGCCCGGUGGUGGGAAAGGCUCUCGCAAGGAAUGCGUGGUAUGUGGCACUGUCUACGUCGAUGAGGAGAGUCCGUCCGGCGAAACUCGUCUGGUGCCUCUCAACUCGACCAGCUCUGUCGCUGCUGAGGUCCCCUCGCCAGCUGCCGCAUCAGUUGUGCCGCCCUCAAGCGCCUUCUCCUUGGACAAAGGGAAAGGGAAAGGGAAAGCAGUGGAUAGGCAACCUUUCCCGCAUAGCCCUCCCCCUGGUCUGGACAACAGCCGCAACGGCACCGGAUAUCGACCCCGAUCUCCGUUUGACACCGCUGUCCGACCUGUAUAUUCAUCCAACCCACCCAAUCAGCCUCAGCCCGUCAAUGACAGUGCUCAGAGCAGCACGGAUUUCGUCCUCGAUGCCUCUGCUCGUUCCCUGGAGGUGUCUUUACAUGUUAUGUCUAACAGGCUGAAGGCGCUCUCGAGCGGCCCAUUCCCGGAUCCUGCGAUGAUCGCACAGACAGCAGAGGCGAUCAUGAAAGUGUCACAAGCACUUAUGCAGGUGAAGCAGUUGCAAUGGAGUGAGAGCCAAGCCUUAGGUGCGUGAAUGAAGAGGCAGCGAGACGUAGUGUGCUAUAUGAUGUACCGUAUGCUUUAAAUGACGAAGCGAUUCCUCGAGCCGUUUGCACGUGUACUUACGAAGUGAGGGUAACUGGCGCCCAUAUACAGAUAAUUGACGCAGAGGCACGGCAACAGGAGACGGUAUUAUUGCUCACUCACAAGCACCAGUACUUCGCACCUACAUGCCAUCCGUGAUUCUAUCCUCGCCGGGAGCUGUCUGGAUGCUUACGAGAAGCG